AUGGCUGCGGACACGGUGGUGCACCGAGAUCACUAUAUGAUGUCUCGCGAUCCGUUGGCAUCCGGCAGAUUGACCGCUCAACACUACCUCAUAUUGAGGAGGCUAGGAUGGCUCCUCCAUCCAGACAUUGCCGCACAGAUUAGAGGCCUCCGGGGACUCGAAAUCGCGGAUGUUGCCUGUGGAAACGCCAUCUGGUCUCUUGACAUGGCCGUUGACUACCCCCAUGCACGAAUAACUGGCAUCGAUAUAUCUCCACAACAGUUCCCACCGCAGUUCACAUGGCCACAGAAUGUGACGCUGGAGCUCCAUGACAUCUUCCAGCCCAUGCCUGACCGCUACGCAGGUCGAUUUGACGUUGUGCAUGUCCGUAUGAUCAUGGCAGCGGUGUACUUCCAGGACAAGGAUUGGGUUAUGCAUAACAUCCUCAGACUCUUGAAGCCAGGCGGCUUUAUACAGUGGACCGAUGUCACCGUGCCGGUUCUUCGAGCGAUGAGCGACCCGGUGAGAUAUCCUGCCGCGUUUCGAGAUCCUCCGGCGAUCAUCGCGCCUUUGACCAGCCUAUUCUCCCACACUGAAUGGCUACGGCAUCUUGCAGCAGAGCUCCAACGUCAUGGGCUCAUUAAUCUUCGUCACCUCGAUAUGCCUCCAGUGCCGUGGCUUUCGAGGCAGGACACGGACAAUGCAAUUUGGGCCCUGACAGAUAUCCAUGAGGGCCUGAAGACCAGAGCAGCAAGGGAAGUGUCUGACCUAUUCGGAAGAGCUGUGCACGAGACACUUCAAGAUAUAAGACAGGGCAGGGUCUACUAUACCACUUAUUAUACAACCAUUGGUCAAAAACCUGGACUGCCCUGGGGUGGUUAA